GAGAGAGAGAGAGAGAGAGAAAGAGGAGAAAAGCGGAGAGAGAAAUGAGUAUAACUCAAAUAUCAUUAUCAUUCCCAUUAGCUUAUGCUUCCCGCUAUUGUGCGCCUUCUCUUGGACUCUUCUUCAACCUUUCCCUCCACCGCCGCCGCCGCCGUCCUCGUCUUCUUUCUACUGCCCUACCUCCGACCACUUCUUCUGUCCCUAAAACUACCGUCACCACUAUCGUCUCCUUCUUACCUCGAUUUCUAGACCCUCAUUUCCUCACGGGUAAUUGUCUUCUUUCCAGAAUGGAGGUAUCCUCUCCUUCUCUCUUUAUCUUCCCCUAAUUCCCACCGAUUCUCUUCUUCUUCUUCUUUCCAAGAUUUUCGUUAUUUGAAUUUGGAAGAUACUCGGAUUUCUGAAAAUGGAUAAAUUGCCCCCCCGUUCAUUUACGACGCUGAAGAGGUUUUGGAGUGGAAGUGGAAUUGGUACGAACAAAGAUAUGGUGGAGAAGCUCCAGACCUAUGGAGUGGUGAGGUCAAAGAGGGUUUCUGAAGUAAUGGAGAGCAUAGAUAGGGCCUUCUUUGUGCCGGAUGAUGUUCCACCUUAUGUUGAUACUCCUGUGCCGAUUGGAUAUAAUGCCACUAUAUCUGCUCCUCACAUGCAUGCUACUUGCCUUCAGUUAUUGGAGAAACACUUGCAACCUGGAAUGCGGGCUUUGGACGUUGGCUCAGGAACGGGAUAUUUGACUGCAUGCUUUGCGUUAAUGGUUGGACCUGAAGGCCGUGUCGUUGGUGUUGAACAUAUUCCUGAGCUGGUUGCUUCCUCAAUGGAGAAUAUUAAAAAAAGUGCUGCUGCUCCUUUACUGAAAGAAGGUUCCCUCUCUCUGCAUGUUGGUGAUGGCAGGCAGGGUUGGGCCGAGUGUGCACCAUACGACGCUAUCCAUGUUGGAGCAGCAGCUGCUGAAAUUCCACCGGCUCUCAUUGAUCAAUUGAAGCCAGGCGGGAGAAUGGUGAUUCCUGUUGGGAACGUAUUCCAGGAUUUGAAGGUUGUAGACAAAGAUAGUGAUGGCUCUGUUAGCAUCCACGACGAGACUUCCGUUCGUUACGUGCCUCUUACCAGUCGAGAAGCUCAGCUACGUGACGAUUGAUGUCACUUGCUUUAGGCAAUACUUUCAGAUGCUCUGCCUCUAUUAUCAAAAUGCUGUGUAUAGACACUUUUAAGACACUGUUUGCGUCUUGCUUCAAACAUCAGCACUGUAUAUUCUUUCUUCCUCAUCGUGGGUAUUUAGUACAAAUAAGGAUUUUAUAUCCUUUGCUUUCAA